CGGCAUACCCUCGGAGCUAUUCCUGCAAAGAAAACCCGAAGUUUGUAUCCGGCGACUAGUUAGGAAUUUAUAGAAGUUGGACUUUAUAAGUCUGCAGGUAAAACCGUGAUGGCAACACACCGUCUCGACCUCUAGUGCUUUGUGGGACGCCCCGUCAGCGGCCGGGAACUUUCACCUGCCCAGCCCCACCCACCCAUUUUUUGAGCAGAACGCCAUGAACAUGCUGAAGUCGAGCGGCCUUAAGAUCCCUGGCAGGGGGCCCAAGCACUCCAGCCCAGUGGGUCGAACCACUACUGGCCAGUCCUCCUGCCCCACAGCCCAGAAAGACAAUGUCCCACACAAGCAGACCACCCCUACCCCAAGCAGCAAUGCCUCGGACAAGUCCAGCUCCAAAGCGUCUGAGGUGGGCGAUGAAGUGGCUGGCGACUUUGUGGUGGGCGAGCGCGUGUGGGUGAACGGCGUGAAGCCCGGCUGCAUUGCCUACCUGGGCGAGACCCAGUUCGCCCCGGGCCAGUGGGCCGGCGUCGUCCUCAACGACCUGGUGGGCAAGAACGACGGCUCAGUGGGCGGCGUGCGCUACUUCGAGUGCCAGCCCCUGCAGGGCAUCUUCACCCGGCCCUCUAAGCUCACGCGUCAGCCAGCGGGCGACGGCCUUGACGCCCACCCGGGUGACCCUCUCGCCUCCCAGAACUGCCAGGCCCAGGCGGGCGGAACCGGCACGGGGGCAGGGCCGCCCGCCCAGCGGGUGGUCGUGCCCCUCCGCGAGGGCAUGCUCAACAACGCCGUCAAGACGGGCAACGAGUCUGGAUCCAACAUGUCUGACAGCGGCUCGGUCAAGAAGAGCGGAGAGAAGGACCUGAGAGUAGGCGACCGCGUGCUGGUGGGCGGGACCAAAACGGGCGUGGUGCGCUACGUGGGCGAGACGGACUUCGCCAAGGGCGAGUGGUGUGGCGUGGAGCUGGACGAACCCCUGGGGAAGAACGAUGGAGCUGUGGCCGGAACCAGGUACUUUCAGUGCCCUCCCAAGUUCGGCCUGUUCGCCCCCAUCCACAAGGUGAUCCGCAUCGGCUUCCCGUCCACCAGCCCGGCCAAGGCCAAGAAGAGCAAGCGCGUGGCCAUGGGCGUGUCCUCCCUGGCCCACAGCCCCAGCAGCUCCUCCAUCAGCUCCGUCAGCUCCGUGGCCUCCAGCGUCGGGGGCCGGCCCAGCCGCACUGGCCUGCUGACGGAGACGUCGUCGCGAUACGCACGCAAGAUCUCGGGCACGACGGCUCUGCAGGAGGCGCUGAAGGAGAAGCAGCAGCACAUCGAGCAGCUACUGGCCGAGCGUGACCUGGAGCGGGCAGAGGUCGCCAAGGCAACAAGCCACAUCUGUGAGGUGGAGAAAGAGCUCAACACACUCAAGGCCCAGCACCUGCAGUAUGCAACAGAGGCAGAGAACAACCUGCAGCAAGUGAAAACCCUAUUGGCCAAUGCACAGCGAGACAAGGUGGAACUGGCCAAUCAGCUUGAGGAAGAGAGAAGGAAAGUGGAAGACCUUCAGUUCAGAGUUGAGGAGGAGUCCAUCACCAAAGGAGACCUUGAGACUCAGACCAAGCUGGAGCAUGCCCGCAUUCGGCAGCUCGAACGGAAUCUGCGUUUGGAAAAGUCCAAAGCAGAGACGCUCCAGAGAGAGUUAGAGGAGAAGAUGCAAACCACGGAGGAGGAGAAGAGCCGGGUGAUGCAGCUGGAGGAGGAGCUGGCCCUGCGCAGGGCUGAGGUGGAGGGGCUCCAGGCGCGACUGCAGAGGGUGUCGCCCUCGCCCGGCGCCAAGGGCGAGGAGGCAGGGCCGCCACCCGGCGAGGAGGCCCUGGCCCUGCGCGAGCGGCUGCGCGAGCGCCGCGAGGAAAGCGCUCAGCUGCGAGAGCACUACGAGGCACAGCUUAGCGCCAGCCAACAGGAGUCAGCGCGCCUCCGGACGGCCGGCGAGCGCCAGACGCAGGAAAUUGCCGACCUGCGGCAGCGGCUGCAGCAGGCCACGCGCGAGAACAUGGAGAUGAUGGACAGCUGGAAGGCCAAGCUGGACGCCCUGGUGGGCGACCACCAGCGGGCCCUGGAGGAGCUGAAGGCCUCGCUGACGGGCGAGCGAGGUGGUGGUGGCACCGGCGGCACGGACGGUGAGGGCCCGGCGCUCGAGAUGAGGGCCGCUGUGGAGAGCCUGAGGAUGGAGAAGCAGCUGGAGGUGGAGAACAUGAAAGCCAAGCACGAGAUCGAGGUGGCCGUGCUGGCCAAGGAGCGCGAAGACCUCCGCGCCAAGGUGCAGGAACUGCGUGACCAGCUGGAGGAGAGCGAGGAGAACGCCAGGACUCAGGUGGAGGCGCGGGGUAGCCAGCACGCCUUGGAGCUCCGCGAGCUCACGGAGAAGCUGCAGAAGGUGGAGCUGAGGGCCACUGAGCUGGAAGGAGCUCACGAGGAGAAGGGGCGUGCCAUGCACACGCUCAGAGAGAAGCUGGAACUGACCGAGAAGAAAAUGGUGGACUAUGAGGCUCUGCAGAAUGCGGAGGCCCAGAGUCGAGCGGAGAUCCUCUCGCUGGAGGAGAAACUGAGGGUCAACGAGAACCGGCUGCACGCUAUGGAGGCUAACCACACCACCGAGGACGCCAAUAUGAUAGAAAAUAAUGACAACUCUGAAGAAAAGAUUAAGCUAAAGCAAAAUAUGGAAGAAACUUUGGAGAAACUGGCAAAAAGAGAAAAAGAAGUGUCCACUCUUACAACACAAGUAGAUGACCUCAAAACACAAAUAACAGCCCUGGAGGAGAAGGUCCGCUCAGGGGGGAAGAAGGCUGACGGACUCCUCAGAGAAAAGGCACGUCUGGAGGCGGAGCUAGAGUCCCUGAGCAAGAAAUCCCACGAUGCCUCGGGUCAGCUGGUGAUCAUUAGCCAGGAGCUCCUGAAGAAAGAGAGGAGCCUGAAUGAGCUGCGUGUCUUGCUGCUAGACUCGCCACGCCAUUCACCGGGUCUGGACCGUGACCUGGACCGCGACCUGGGCCGCGAGGUGCACAAGGCAGAGUGGCGAAUGAAAGAGCAGAAACUGCAGGAUGACAUCAGGAGCCUGAGGGAAAAACUGCUGCUGCUGGGGCGUGAGAGGUCGUCGCCGGACCACCGGCGCCACUCCAUGCUGGAGCCGUCGGGCAUGGACGCAGAGGUGGCCCGCCUGCACCAGCGGCUGGCCAGCACGGAGGAGGCGCUGCGGAGCGCCCUGGAGCACAACCAGCACAUGGACCAGCUGGUGCAGGCCAUGUGCACGCGGCCUGAGAAAAGCCAGGCUCACAGCGGCACAAAUUCUGCAAAUGGGAUCCAUCAGCAAGACGCCACAUUCGCAGAAGAGGAGCAGCACUGAUAACGGGGACCACUGAGGCAAAGCGGGAUCGUUUGGGGAAGAAGAGGAGGGGCACUGCGGAAACAGGAGACGCCACUCUCGACGCCUGGACCUCACACUAGCGCCUGGAUAUCUUCGCUUUUCUUUUCAUGGUUAACACCAAAAUGACAGCUCGAUCCCAGUCAACAGAAACCACUUAGUAAAGUUUAUGUAAAACGUUGCAAGAUACUAUUUAACAAAACAAAACUUAACGCCUGAAGUGGUACAUCAAAGUUAUGGUCGUAGACCGCGCCCAGGGGCCCACCCUGUAGACUACCUCCCACAUGGAGCGCAGGGGGUCUGAAGAGGGAAGCCUCACCAGGAUGAGAGGAGAGCCCUAGAACCUCACUGAUCACAGUUUAGAGCAACGUCUGCCCGGACUUGUACCCGUUUAAUUUAUUUUGUCUUUCAUGCUACUGGAGAUACACUGAUCUGACUUUUGUCACUCUGGCUUGAAAUUCCUUUAGACUCUGUAGUGAAACUCUGAGUAAAAGAGGCAGGACAUCGAGGCUUGUUGUAUGUGAUUAUUUUUUAAUGUACUGUUCGUAUGCCACAGUAUUCAGCCAUGUGCCAGUAUGCCAUUUAUCUGUACUCAAGAAAAAGUGCAUCGUAAUGUUAGGGAUACCGGCGUUUCAAAUGGACAGAAGUUGACUGAAUCCCCUCAUGGCCUUCCUGAAGAGCAUUCAGUUAAACAUCAUAUAGAUUAUACAAACUUAAAAGCAGAAGCUGAACUUCCGAAGCGCCAUGUUGUUAUUACUGUGUAUUUAUGUAUCAAGAUACAGUAUACCACAACUACUCACUCCCCAGGUGUGAAGUAAAUUUAGGUUUUGACCCUCCAUCAUCUAAUUCAACAACAAGAUAGACAAAAGGUCUCGCCUCUUGUUUUCUGAUCAGGAGAAACCCCAAAAAACCUCACAAACAAGCACAACCAGACCCUUCAAAACAUUUGUGCUAUAUUCGAAAUGAUAGCAGCUCACUUUGAUCAAAGCAGCUCUGAGUGCUUAAAUGUACCCCACUACAGUAUUCGGCUCAGUCGUGGUCACUUUCUAUCCAUUAAAAAACGAUUUAGCAGUAAGGACAGGUAAACGAUAGGGCUGGCCCCAGGUUUCGCAAAUAAAGCGUCAAAUUGUUGUCGGACUCAGAUGGUCUUUUAUCUGUUAGAAAGUGGUUUACUUUCUCUACUCUAGUUGUAAUGGUUCAUGAGAGUCAAUCAUUAAACAUAAAUAAAGCAAA